AUGAAAGAGAUCCAUCACAAGGGGGGUGGAAGGACUGGAAGUAACACAUCCACUUGGGGUGGCAGGGGUGAUGUUGGAAAUGGCCAUGGGAGCAAAACUACUGCAAGGUUGCUAGGGAAACAAAUUUAUGGAGCAACACCAAAUCCAUCAAUAGGUACUCCUUCCAACCCUUCUCUUAAUCAAGAGACUUUUGCUAGUGCUCUGGUUGAGAAGCAAUCUGGCACAUCUUGGUCAGUGGUUGUUGAGGUUGCAAAGGAUGGAGGAAAUAUGAAGUCUUGGAAUAAAGCCAAAGAUAAGGGGAAGGAGAAAAUAAAUGAAGAGAAGGGUGGCCAGAUUACCAUUGAGCUCCAAACUAGUCCUAGUGCUGUAACCCCUUUUGAAAUUGAAAGGGAGUUUACUCCUCUCGGCAUAAAUGCUUGCUCGUUGUUGGGUCCAUCAAAUGGACAGGUCAUUAAAGUGCUGCACAAAGCUUUUGAGAAUGAAUCUAACGGGAAUACUAUUGUCAUGGAGGUUACCCCAAAUGGAGUUGCUACUGUGGUGGCAGGAUGCUCUGUUCCAAGUGAUGUUUAUGUUGUUGAGUGGUCUGCUGAUAUUUCUGUGGAAAUACCCACCGCAAAAUCUAGUUCCCUUGGUAUGGCCCUUGAUAAUUCAGAGGGUACCCGGUGUAACGAGGCAGAGCCAAGUAACCUUGCGGAGCUAAUGCGUGAAAAUGAGUUGCUAAGGACGAUGGUUGAGACCAAUAGGAAGUUUGAUCAAGGGGUUUUGAACCAUUGA